CUGAGAUGUCCCCCAAGUCCCUGGCACCCCAAUUACGCGGAGUUGCCCUCGGCCUGCUCGCAGUGCUGAGCGUAUGCCUCGCCCUGAACUUGGGUGCCCUCCUCUUCUCUUUGCGCAUCCUAACGCGCGGUUCAAGGGAAUAUACCUACCUCGCCGGAGACCGACCUCGCGAGCUCCCCCUAAAAGUUCGCACUAUCCAAGCCGCGUUCCACGACGAUCCCUCCCACUACGGGAUGGAAGGCAUCACUGCCACGGCUGAAUGGAACGAAAUUCGCCCUCCUGGGAGGGGUUACGUUUUCUUGGGGGAGGAGCACUUCGCAUUUGGUGUGUCGAUGUGGCACCAGAUGCAUUGCCUUAACCACAUACGCGCGGUGCUUGUCUACGGGGACGAUGGGUCGGACCAUACGGCGCACUGCUUCCAUUAUCUACGGCAGGGCAUUCUCUGCGCCGCCGACACAACCCUAGAGUCGGGCGGCACAAUGAAGAAAUUGGCUAAUGGGAAUACAGUCGCUACUGGCGAUGGAACCGUGCAUACCUGCCGGGACUGGAGACAGGUUUAUGAUUGGCUGGAAAGCGAUCAUGAGAAGUGGACACCGGACAUGUAUGAAAGGGUUGAGGAGGCUAGUUGAUGAUAUGGUGGGUAUAGGGUGGCUCAAUGCGGUGUGCGCAAUUCAUGGUUCUUCUUGCUUCGUCAUUGGCGUGUCCAUGAAUCCAGGGCUCGCGUCAAUCUGUCGGUUGUUGCUAGCGGAUACGUCGAGCGACUUCUUCACUGCUGAGUUCCUUGUCGGCGUACUCAUUAUUUGCGCCUGGAAGGUGGGUAAUCAUGUCCUUCGGGAAACAUCACUGAAUUUGAGCUGCGACCUGUCCCUAUCCGCAACUACCAAGUUCGGGGACAUCAAAAGAG